GGAGGUGGGGCCUUGGGAAAGUAACAGAAAGAUCCCUAUAGCAGCUCCCUUAACCCUGAGAAGAAUUUCAGGGCCUAAUAGGGGGAAAUCCCAGCAGGGAACCCUGCACACAGCCUGUCCUCUCCACUUAAGACUUUUGCCCUCUUAGGCAAGGUCACUGGAGCAGGUCCCGGCUAAGCCUUUCCCCAGCAAAGCCUCAGAGUCCAGGCACCCCUCAGAGCUAGUGCCCAGCCCCUACACUGUAGACCCAGGCUGCUCCUCAGGCUGUACCCUUGAAUGGUGGCGGUGAGGAGGGGUGGUGUUACCUAUGAGGAAAAGUCUUUUAUUUUGCCUUAAGCAAAAAGCCUUUUUUUUUGUUGUUUUUUCUUUUAUUUUCCCCUCUCAAACUUUCCUCACCAUUUUUUGACCUCAGGUUAAGGCUUUUCUGGCACUGCAUUUAAAGGGUAGCAAAUUAGGGUUUAUUCACUCCCACACCUUUUUUUUCUUCCUAGUCUUUAGGACACCCUGCUCUCUCACCCUGGGAGACCCUAACCCCUAGCCAGGACACUCUAGGGUAGCACCAUCUAAAGACAGGAAGUAGAACUGCAGGCAAUUUAAUAAUUAAAUUUAAUUUAAAUUAUUAUAAAAGGUCCCUUUGAAGCCUGAUCCCUCCCCCUCUCUAAUUCCCCACAGGUGUCCAAAGAGAAAGUCCCUCUGCCUUAGGGUUUCCACUCCCUGAAGGACCACAGUCUGGUCCAAGCAUUCCCCAGAAGGAAUGUCUCCCAGGACCCUGAGGCCCCCUUCCCAGGUGAGAGCAGCCCCAUCCUCAGCCCUUGCCAAGGUCCCCCAGGCUGGAAUCCAGCAGAACUCAUGCCUGUGUCUUUUCCAGGUCUCCAGGGGCUCCAUCACUCUUUGUCCUCAGGAUGAGGUCCAGAGUCCACCCUGUCUGCCCUGUGAACCAUAAAAUUUCUCAGACCCUACUUCAUAAGGUUGGGUUAAGACCAUUCCCCAUUGGGACCAUUCCCCAUUUGGGCAGUGAAGGUACUUAGAUCAGGACUGUGAGACCUCUACUCCACCCCUACUUAAGUCUGCCCUAGGGGAAGAUAAAGUUGUAAACUCUUUGCUGAACAAUGAAAAGUACUUAAACCCAUAUGUAUAAUAAGACAAAAAGUUCUUAAGCUGUGCCUAUUUUUAGGACUAAUACAAAGGGGUGCUAAGUACCUAUAAAGGUCAGGCAACUGGUGAACUUACAUGGGACAAAGAGGUGAGAACUUACUCAGAGAUUCUAAUCUACUCAGGUGUGGAUUACUAAAAGGAUUAGUCUACUCAGGUGUGAACUAAGAAUGGGCUGUCCUUUGGAAAACAUCUACUGUGAUUGGUAGAUGUAAGGAUUUAGGGGAAGUGACAUGGGAGAAAAUGCCCUUUAUAAGGAGAUGAGAAAUCUGAGAGCCCCCAUAUCUACUGUGUUCUGGGGGUUUUCUCUGCCUCCUUAGCCUUUGCCUCAGUGAGCUGGCCCAGGUUUCAGACAGACAGGGCAACCUGCUGUCAUUCGUUUAUCCACCCUGAGCUGUCACAUCUCAAGGGACAGGAAUCCCUAUAAUAGGAGCUUUUCAGUGCUUUUACUUAAGGAAGCCAUUACAGGAGCUGCUUAAAGGGGACAGAAACCUUCCAGGACACUGACAACAUUCAGAACACGAAGUUCCCCUCGAAUUAGGAACCUGCCAUGGCUCACAAUUUGAAGGGCUCAUUAACAUUCAAGGAUGUGGCUGUGGACUUCACCCAGGCAGAGUGGUGCCUAUUGGACCAUUCUCAGAAGGAACUAUACCUGGAGGUCAUGCUAGAGAAUGUGCAGAAUCUACUCUCUGUGGGUCUUCCAGUUCCAAGAGAAUAUUGUGCCUCCUGUUUUCAGCAAGGGAAAACACCUUGGCUACUAGAGCAAAAAGGCCUCAGGAGCGCCUGUCCAGAGGCGGAGACUAAUUUUGAAGUGAAGGAGAUGUCUACAAAACUGAGGAUUUUUGUGCAAGAAUCUGACCCCAAAAGGUGGAUGAAUGAUGGUUCCCAUGACUUCGUUUUGAGAGAAAUCUCUGACUCUGAUAUGAAGAUAAACAAAAAUCUAAAGAGUGAACGUGAAUUUGAUUACCCUUCAGAGAAAAUCCUAAAUCAGUAUAUGAAAGUGACCUCAGGAAAUGACUAUUGUCAGGAUAGUCAAUACAGCAAAUGCUUUCCUGAAGAAGUAGGACUUUUUCAGUGGAAUGAGAAACCCUCUGAAAAGCCUAUGUCUCAAGGUAACCUAGGAGGAAUGGCCUUUAGCUACAGUCUAGACUUCAUUAGACAUCCAAAAAGUACAUGGGUAGAGAUGGUUUCUGUGAAGGAAGAAGUUGAGAAACCUUUCAGUCAAAACUCUGAUCUUGCCGCACAUCAAAUAAUCGAAGCAGAAGAGAAAACUUUUGAAUGUAAACAUUGUGGAAAAGCUUUCAUAGAGAGAGGAAUUCUCACUAAACAUCAGAGAAUGCAUACUGGAGAGAAACCUUAUGAAUGUAAAGAAUGUCAAAAGGCCUUCAGAGAGAGAGGAUCUCUCACUAAACAUCAGAGAAUCCACACUGGAGAGAAACCUCAUGAAUGUAAACAGUGUGGAAAGGCCUUUCCACAUUGCAAAUCUCUUGCUAUGCAUCAGCUAAUCCACAGUAGAGAGAAGCUUUAUGAAUGUAAACAAUGUGGAAAGACUUUCAAAAAACAGGGCUCUCUUGUAGUACAUCAUAGAAUCCAUUCUGGAGAGAAACCUUAUAAAUGUAAACACUGUGGAAAGGCUUUCACACAGAGAAGUCAUCUUACUGCACAUCAGAGCAUCCACACUGGAGAGAAACCUUAUGAAUGUAAACAGUGUGGAAAGGCUUUUCCACGAAGCAGCUCUCUUGCUACACAUCAGCUAAUCCACACAGGAGAGAAACCUCAUAAAUGUAAACACUGUGGAAAAGCUUUUACACAGAGGAAUUGUCUUGCAAAGCAUCAGAGAAUCCACUCUGGAGAGAAACCUUAUGAAUGUAAACAGUGUGGAAAGGCUUUUCCACGAAGCAGCUCUCUUGCUACACAUCAGCUAAUCCACACAGGAGAGAAACCUCAUAAAUGUAAACACUGUGGAAAAGCUUUUACACAGAGGAAUUGUCUUGCAAAGCAUCAGAGAAUCCACUCUGGAGAGAAACCUUAUACAUGUAAACACUGUGGAAAGGCUUUCACACAGAGAAGUCAUCUUACUGCACAUCAGAGCAUCCACACUGGAGAGAAACCUUAUGAAUGUAAACAGUGUGGAAAGGCUUUUCCACGAAGCAGCUCUCUUGCUACACAUCAGCUAAUCCACACAGGAGAGAAACCUCAUAAAUGUAAACACUGUGGAAAAGCUUUUACACAGAGGAAUUGUCUUGCAAAGCAUCAGAGAAUCCACUCUGGAGAGAAACCUUAUGAAUGUAAACAGUGUGGAAAGGCUUUUCCACGAAGCAGCUCUCUUGCUACACAUCAGCUAAUCCACACAGAAGAGAAACCUCAUAAAUGUAAACACUGUGGAAAGGCUUUCAUACAGAGGAAUUGUCUUGCAAAGCAUCAGAGAAUCCACUCUGGAGAGAAACCUUAUACAUGUAAACACUGUGGAAAGGCUUUCACACAGAGAAGUCAUCUUACUGCACAUCAGAGCAUCCACACUGGAGAGAAACCUUAUGAAUGUAAACAGUGUGGAAAGGCUUUUCCACGAAGCAGCUCUCUUGCUACACAUCAGCUAAUCCACACAGGAGAGAAACCUCAUAAAUGUAAACACUGUGGAAAAGCUUUUACACAGAGGAAUUGUCUUGCAAAGCAUCAGAGAAUCCACUCUGGAGAGAAACCUUAUCAAUGUAAACAGUGUGGUAAAGCGUUCACACAAAAGAGUCAUCUUGCUGCACAUCAGAGCAUCCACACUGGAGAGAAACCUUAUCAAUGUAAACAGUGUGGAAAGGCUUUUCCAUAUAGCAACUCUCUUGCUACACAUCAGCUAAUCCACACUGGAGAGAAACCUCAUGAAUGUAAACAGUGUGGUAAGGCUUUUCCACGAAGCAGCUCUCUUGCUACACAUCAGCUAAUCCACAGUGGAGAGAAACCUCAUAAAUGUAAACACUGUGGAAAGGCUUUCACACAGAGGAAUUGUCUUGCUACACAUCAGCUAAUCCACUCUGGAGAGAAACCUUAUGAAUGUAAACAGUGUGGUAAAGCAUUCACACAGAGGAGUCAUCUUGCUGUACAUCAGAGCAUCCACACUGGAGAGAAACCUUAUCAAUGUAAACAGUGUGGUAAAGCGUUCACACAGAGGAGUCGUCUUGCUGCACAUCAGAGAAUCCAUACUGGAGAGAAACCUUAUUGUAUUGGUUAAAAUCAUGCAAUAUUCUACUUCAUACAUUUUUCAUUAUUAGUAAUGUUAGAUUGGAAACUUCCUGUAAAAAUUAGUAAAAGCUGGGUAUCCUUCUGAAGGAAGAUACUAAUCUCUCCUCAUGAAGAGCAGAGAAAUUUCACAUAUACACGCAUACACACCCAUCAACAUUUUAUAGAUAUAUAAAUAAUCACCUUUCAUUCACUCUUUUCUAAUGUGGCCAAAACCUACCUUUUAAAAAUUUUUUUUUAAUUUAUGGAUUAUGCCAUUUCCAUUGGAAAAGUCUUGAAACAUGCAACUCUAAUCUUAACGCUUUGUUCUGAAUGUUUCCAUUGAAGAGGCUUUGGCCAUGUCUAAAUUCUGCCUUAACUUAAAAAUUACAAACAUAAAUGCUCCCAUUAUUUCCAAAAUGCUGGGAAACUUAAGGAGGUUAGGACAAGAUAACGAAAAUGUAAUAUACACAGAUGUUGUAUUAUAUAUAGGUAGUGGGGGACUACAAGGGGUGUAUUGUGUUAAUUUCUGAUGUAUUUUGAGUUCUUUUGUAUAUCCAUGGACAUUGCUGUUGAGUCAACCACUCAGAGCAGUGGCCCUGUCCUCACCCUUUCCCUAAUAAAGUUGCUGCAAGAAUCCUA